AAUCUGCGGUACCAGUAAUAGCAGCAGCAGCAGCAGUAGCAGUAGUGAUAGCAGCAGUGAGUUGUUGUUGUUGUUGUUGCUACCAAGUGCUCGUCUCGGAUGAGAUGUGUGACUCGAGACGCGGAUGGUGGGGACGAAACAACAAAGUGUUAUUUUUUAUAAUCUUACGCGCGCGGAUAGGUAGGUAGGUGCCAGCGGUGGUCCGCUGGCAGUUUGAUCGCAACCGUUCAAGGUCACCGGUUCGCCGAGUGGUUAAGGUUAAGCGUUUUACAACACACGGACAUGAUGUCAUAGUGACAUCACACGCCUCGCAACCAGUCGUGUUGUGUUCCGAACGCGCGCAACCGUGUGGUACGCGUACGACGCCGUCUUGUCCGAAGCGCACACAGACACCGCCACCACUACUACGCCCACGCGCGUUUCCGGCCGGAUCCGAGUCGAGAGUUUUCCCUCCCUUUCCCGUUUUCCCCUGACCGCCGUCCGCCGCCCUUCCCUGCAGCACGUAGUUGUUGCAGCCGCAAGUUCAGGGCGCACUGACCACACAGGUAGGUCGUGGCCGCAGCACCAGCAGCUUCAGUGUCGCGCAUCGUAUGAUAACACAAUCGCGUGCCGGACAACACCUGUGGAUCGUCGGUUCGGCGGAGUGCGCGCGUUGUCCGUCCCGCCCCGGGCCGAAUUUCGGUGGCCGACUCGACGCUGGGACACUUACGCCGCAGUAGCUGGACAUCACGAUUAUUAAAAAGUUUGAAGUAUCUGUACUAUGUGAUAUUCGAACUCGUGUAAGGACCGACCACCAUCUCCAUUAGCAGACGAUCGGUGUUGCUGUUGUUACCAUCGUCGUUGACUUCGGUGGAGAACACACGAUCUCCGUCGUCGUCGAUAAGACCAACAGAAUUCCAAGAAGUAGCGAACGACGCCGUUCAGCGGACUCGAACGCCGCUGCCGCCACCAUGGGACGCAAGAAAAUACAAAUAUCACGGAUCACGGACGAACGAAAUCGCCAGGUGACUUUUAAUAAAAGAAAAUUUGGAGUUAUGAAAAAAGCAUAUGAACUGAGUGUGUUAUGCGAUUGCGAAAUCGCCCUCAUUAUAUUCAGCAGCUCUAAUAAAUUGUAUCAAUAUGCUAGUACAGACAUGGAUAAAGUAUUGCUCAAAUACACAGAGUACAAUGAACCACAUGAAUCGCUCACAAACAAGAAUAUCAUUGAACAAUUAAACAAGAAAGAAUUAAAAGGUGGAACUUUAAGUCCAGAAAGCCCUGAUGAAAGUUGUGAUGGUACUCAAGGACCAUAUCAACUUACACCUCGAACUGAAGCAAAAUACAGUAAAAUUGAUGAAGAAUUCCAACUAUUAAUGCAACAUCAACGAAUGGCCAGGAAUAAUGUUGGUGCUAAUUAUUCGCUUCCUACCACUAUGCCUGUGAACAACAUGUAUAAUGAAUCUGGGAAUUUACAACUGCAACAUAAUUCUAGCCCUAGACCUCCAUCUUCUUCUGAUGCUGAUUCUGUUUACCCUCCUAGUAGUAUGUUGGAAAUGAGUAAUGGAUAUCAAGAAUCUUCGCCUGCACUAGUCAAUUCACCUUCUUCUCCAGGACAACUAGUCAUGUCACCAUCACCUACACCCAAAGCCCUAAAUGCUUCUAAUAGAGCUACUCCGCCGCCUAGACAUCAUUCGCCUAGACCCAAUUUACGUAUAGUCAUGCCUAAUGCUCCUAGUCACCAUGAGGACAAUAAUGCAAACUCUAUUAAUGCGCCAACAGUCUCUUUAAAUACACCCGUAGUAGCACUUCAUACACCUGGUCUAGGUGGCUCUUCUUAUCAUGGUAUUUUUACUGAUCUUACGUCAACUGACAUGGGGCUUACAUCAGCAUUGAAUUGGUCUAAUCAAAUAGCACACAACAAUGGAAUGUCUCACUUAGGAGUACCAAAUUCACCGCCACCUUCUUCUCCAUCACCAAAUCCUGUCCGUAUUAAAAGUGAACCGAACUCUCCUCCGCAUUUACAUCACCAUACGUCUUCAACACCCUCAGGCACUGUGUCUAAUACGGUUGUUUCUCAUUCGAUCAGUCAUUUAUCUUUACCGCAUACUCAUACUUCAAUAUCAUCUCAUCACUUAUCAGCUACAGAACGUUUUAUACUAGGCGGACAGUUACCUAGUAGCCAAAGCUUGGUAGAUUCAAGGCAUGAUUUUGAAGGUGGACCACCCCCUAAAAGACUACGUGAUACUUGGCCAGCAUGACUAAAUUGUUAAGAACAGCUAACAUCACACUGCUACCUUCUCCAACGGUUAAUUUUUUUUAAACAUAAAAUAUUAUUUAUUUAUUUCUUGGACUUUAAAGCAUGACUAUUAAGCACAGAAAAACUUAUAUUAAGUAACUA